CGACCAUGUCCGUACCCGCCCUCGCCCUCGCAAAGCCAUCCGAGUCACUGCCUCAAUGCGACCCCCACCUCAUGCCGUUCCGUAUCUCGUAUUCUGGACCUGCACCCAUCAAGUCGUAUUUCAUGAUCAAGCCCGCAUCGAGCUCCGUUGGACAAGAACCUGACGAUGUGGCAGGCAAAGUCGCGAAAGCUGAGACGCAAAGCGCUGUAGAAAAGGAUAGCUUUGCGCAUCUCGGGGGAGAGUGUAUGGACGUAGACCAAAUGGAUCUCACGGGCGAUAUUCAGGAGCCCUCAGCACCAGAGCCUUUAUCCAACGCACCGUCCAGCUCUAGCAGCUUGACUUUGUGCGAUAAGGGGGAACAGAAACGCUCAGUGGCGGCGUUUCGUGGACGAACUGUCCACGGACUCCAAGUCACUUUACCGGACGGGUACACGGGAAUUGUACUGCGACCACCAGAUGCGUCCGGCAAAGCGAAGGAGAGAAAGGGCGUCGCUCCGAAAGCAACCCCGACAUCCAGGACUACACGGAGAGGGCAUAGCGCUGCGCGAGAACACGGACAUGAAUCAGAAGAGACUGAUGAGGGCGCUUCGUAUUUCGCACAGUUGAACGCUCGUACGCUGACCCCUACACAUGUAUUCCCCUCCUUCACAUUGUGGCACCCUGAUAUUCCCGUCGACGAAGCGAGAGACGAGUACUGGCGCUCACUGCAGGAAUGGGUAACCCUGAGUCAUGAGAUCCAUGCGUGCGAUUGACACCUUACUCAUACCACAUAUACAUUCUGCUAUCGGCCUGUACAUGAAGAUCGUACGACUUGAACGUGGUGCGAAGCUACGCUCUGCUCACUUGCAAACAC